AUGGCAAGAACACGUGGUGCAUCUUUUAGUUCUCGAGGUGAGAGUUCUCGAGGAGAGAGUUCGUCGCAGGGCGAAGCUCGGAGAAGACCUACCGUUUCUGCUCGUAGAAGUCGUGCAGCUCCUAUCCAGGAUGACCCCAUAGCUGAGGAGCGAGCCGUUGAGGACCAAACAUAUGAGGCGUAUGAGACUCAUGGCGAGGAGAAUGCAUUUGAGGCCCCUAACGACGAUGACGAUGAGGAGGAGCACGCGGAUGUUCAUGACAUACAAGAGGAUGUCGGUGGAUUUCCUAGAGGUCCACGUGAUGAUUCAUUGCUGACGCACUAUGUUCAGCAUGUAGCUUAUACUAUUUCACAAAGUCGGGGGUUACUCCUCGGAUUCAUAGAGAGGUGGCAUUUUGAGACCAGUAGUUUCCCUCUCCCUAUAGGGGAGAUGUCGAUUACUCUUGAUGACGUCUCAACAUUACUUCACCUGCCCGUGAUGGGACAAAUGUGUGAUUUAGAGGAGUUGGAGUUUGAGGAGGCUCGUACAGCCCUUGUGCAAUUGCUCGGCGUUGAUGGUGGCACAGUAGGUGCUGAGAUGGAGGACGCACGUGGUCCGAAAGUCAGACUCAACUGGCUUAGAGAGAUAUAUGUUCAGAGGUGUGAGUCGCAGCAUUGGGACUAUGCUGUUAUAGCAUAUUUGUUGCAUCUAGUAGGAUGCACGAUUUUUGCAAAUAAGAGUACCAGUUCUAUACGCGUGUCUUACUUAUUGUUAUUUAGAGACGUACACACGUAUGGCAGAUAUGCCUGGGGUGUUGCUGCACUCGCCUAUUUGUACGAGCAGCUCGGGAAUGCGAGUCUCGCCUCCACGAAGCAGAUGGCUGGAUAUUUGACUCUAUUUCAGAGUUGGAUAUACGAACAUUUCCCUAGCAUGGGGAGGAGGCGGUUGGUGACUUCUUACGAUGAUACCACACCACGUGCCAUGAGGUGGCAGAGCCCUAGGCAGAGUUCCACUCUCGUAGAGAUUCGGUCACAGUUGGAUGCGCUGACAUACAGUGGAGUUAUAUGGCAUCCGUAUGAGGGGCAUCGGGACAUUCGGCCAUUCUUCGGCAUCUGUAUGUAUUCUGGAUGGAUUCGGAUUGGUGACACCCUUUGUCGUCAUUUGCCUGAGCGUGUGCUGAGGCAAUUUGGGUUUCAGCAAGACAUUCCACGAUCACCGACUACGGUUCCAGAUGUAGAUUUAGUGGUCAUUGAUCAUGUUUGGUUGCACUUCAGAGCUCACGUUGUGAGUAAUGUCAGACAUGCAGCAUCCCCUUCUGAUUGUGUCGAUGGGUACAUUCAGUGGUUCAGGAGGGUUUCACAUCCUUAUAUUAUUGUUGCUGCAAAUGACGCGCGACCGGCUCUUGCGCCUAGACAGCGCCCCGAUGUUCCACAUGAGGCACGACCCCAUUGUAGAUCGUCUCCACCUUCACCAUCUGGCGCCCUGGCUAGAUUUAGGCGAAUGGCGAGAAUGUUACAGUCCUUGAUAUCAUGUCGUCAUGUGACCGAGGGUACUAUUGCACAUCAGGUGUCAGUGGACCUGCUUCAGAUUGCUAAUGAGGGCAUCGACGAAUAUUCCCCGACUAGGAGUGGGCAGAGGCAUGUGCGUGGUAGACGGUCGACGUCUAAUUGA